UUUUUUUCCUCUUUUAACAGAUUCUAGUAAACAUAAUCAUACCUCUCAGGUCAAUGGUCAGGUGACAACAGAAGCAGGAAAUAAACUCAGAUACAGUGAUGCUACAGCUACGGCAGUGGUAACGACUACCAUCACUUCAUCUGUUGCAGUAUCUAGUGGCUCAUCGGACACUGUUACAACCAAUACUUAUAUAAAAACUUUAUCUUCACCUGUUAAUCCUGAUCUUAGUCUUCUGAACUUGCCAGACAUUGAAGAAUUGCCCCCACAGGAUGGGGACCUAUCAUGGUCAGCUCUUCCAGAUCCACCCAUUAGUGUCAAUGAAAUUGGACCCAUUCCUCCCCUCCAAUGUUUUCUUCCCCAUCUCCAUAUUUAGGGAAGAAAUCACUUGACUCAGUUGACUGUGCAGUCGAGGAUAUUGGAGAUUCUUCAGAGUUACAAAACAGUGGUAUUUUGUUCAUUCCACAACCUGAUAUUGACACAAGUGUCGUCCAAGAGGUUCCUGCCAAAGAACCCCAACUAACAGCAAUGCCCAAGAAGAGUGCUUUGAAAAAACGGUGGAAUUUGUUCUCAUCCUCUACUCCAGCAUCUACAACCGUAACAACCACAUCCUCUUGUAGUUCUCAUACCAACACAGUUACCACGUCAGUUACAACAAGUCCAGCAUUUGGUCAGAACAGGAAAAUGGUAGCAACAGACCACAAGACAGCCAAUCUUCCACAGCCUCAGGAAAACAAAGAAAAUAAACCUUUUCCAGCCAUCGUAGUCAGUAGUCAGGGAGAUAAUGACAGCUCUAGUGAUGACUCUGAUGAUGGGCCAAUAAACUGGCGGGAUUAUUAUGGAGAUGAUGAACAAGCCCGUUUAGCGGCUAAAAUUGCCAGGAAAGAUUCCUUAGCAAUGAAAUUAGCCCAGCGACCAAACAGACAGGAACUCAUUGACAAAAAUAUCCUUCAAGUGCAGUCUGAAAAAGAAAAGCAGGAGAGCUGGGAAGCUGUAGGAAACAGGCUUAUACGCCGACUGAGUUUAAGGCCAACACCAGAAGAACUCGAACAAAGGAACAUAUUAAGAUACCAAAGUGCUUAA